AAUUUCUGGGUAAAAAAAAAAAAACGAAAUUCUUUAUAAAAAUCGAGGGAAAAAAGAAAAGAAAAAUCACCCGAAUUUAAUACCCUUUUUAAUUUAAUUAAUUUAGGAUUAAAAUUUAAUGUAAUUUAAUUGUCUUCAUUGUACUGUGAAAAAUGAAGGGAUUAAUAAAAUAAAAUCGAAUAAUUAAAAAAUAAAGUAUAUAAUCCCGACAUCAUUAAUCAUGAUGUUCUUCCCGUUUGUGGUUGUUUCUCUGGAGGAGGAGCAGGAAAACCCUCCCAGUUCCGAACACGAAGAAGAAGAAGGUGAAGAGUUCUCUGAGGAAAUUGCUAUUAUGGCCGAGAUCGAAGCUUCAAGCAGCCAAGGAUGGGGAUCUUCACUCUCAUUGCCAUCUUCAGAGGAUGUUGCCAGAGCAGUGGCAGCGGCUGCUACUGUAGUAAGUACACCACGACCAUCGGUAGUAUUUUCUUCGAAUGAUGAUGGGGGUAAUUCCCCGUUAAAGAGAAUACAGAAUCAGGUAUCAAAAGUCUUAAAAGGUCUAUCACCAUCUCCUGACAAAAGAAGUGUCACUUACAAUCCAGAAGUGUUAACUAAACAAAAGCGUCAAUGGACCAGCUAUCAGCUAGAAUCUUUGGAUGAACGAUCUUUUAUGGAGCCAUCAAAGCUUUUCGAGAGCAUGGUUGUUGUUGGGCUUCCUCCUAGUUUUGAUGCUCAAUCAUUAAGAAAAAGACUACUUUCUAGAAAGUCUGAAGGUUCAGGGAAAUUCCGGAUUGCAUUAAAUGGUUAUAAUCAUAAUCGUGUAGAGCCAAACUUUGAGCCCCAGGUUUUAUUUGUUUAUCCUCCAGAAAAGCAGUUGCCACUCAAGUACAGGGAUCUUUUAUCAUUUUGCUUCCCUGGUGGUGUUGAGGUUCAUGCUGUUGAGAAAAGUUCUUCAAUGAGCGAGUUAAAUGAAAUACUUCUUGGACAGGAACAUCUCAAACAGACUGAGCUGUCCUUUGUGUUUCGCUUGCAGCAGGGUGCUGAUAGUUCAACUCUGUAUGGGUGUUGUAUUUUGAUGGAAGAACUUGUUGAUAAGCCGUCACGAUUAAUAUCUAUGAUUUCUGAAAGCCAACCUGUCCGCUCAUGUUUGGGACGUUAUAUAUUUACAACGAAACGCUGUUAUUGCAUACUUUCGCGGGUACCCUUCUUCAACUUGCAUUUUGGUGUACUACAAAGCAUAUUUAUGGAAGAAAGGUUAGAACGCUUAACCAAGAGUAUCAGUGUCUUGGAUUUGGAAAUGCCAGAUACUUUUCAAACGGUAGAAGGAUUAGAAGAAAAUGGUUUAGAUUUGGAAGUGGCAGAUACUGUUCAAACGGUAGAAGGAUUAGAAGAAAAUGGAUUAGAUUUGGAAGUGUCGGAUACUGUUCAAACGGUAGACGGAUCAGAAGAAAAUGGUGGAAUGCCAACAAAACAUGUCUCAGAGGAUGAAACAAAUGAAACCCUGGGAUCUCCUCAAUCAAGUGGAACAACUGCUUCUACUAGAGUGACCGAUGUGGGAAGUCUCGAGGAAACCUCCUCCUCUUUUAGGGAUGAUAGUCAAGAUACUGAUGAUUCUCUUACGACCAAAAGUUAUGAAACAGAUAACCUUGCAUCUGAUAAGGAGCCUGCUGUAACCAUACAGAAUUCUGAAGUAAGUGAUGCCAAUUUUGAUAACUCUGUUACGAGCAAGCCAACCAUGGAAAAGUCUACAACAGGUGCUGUUUUGCCACUGCUACGGUACCCACAGUUUGAGAGUUUUGAACCUUCCUGCAGUGGUCAGGGUUCCCCUUCUGAAGAGAGACAGUUGAGGAGUGAAAAUGAUGAGACAGAUAUCAAAGAAACAUCUAUCUCUAGCCAGGAAGAUUUUAGCAGCCAUGUUGAUAUACUUGAAUGGGCUAAGGCAAAUAAUCAUGGGUCGUUGCAAAUUAUAUGUGAAUAUUACAACGUAGAUUUUCCGCCAAGGGGUUCAAGCAUUGUUUUCCAUCCACUUGAGUAUUUGCACCCUUUGGAGUUUCAUAGGCCUACUGAAAGAGCCAUGGAUGUAUCUGGCUCACCACUCGAUCUAAGAUCGUGUAGGACAAGCCUUGAGAGGGUUGAGGUACUAAAUACGUUUAUAGCCGAGGAGGAGGCUACAUCUUUAUCAAUAGUGACUAUUUCAUGCAUUUGUGGUUAUCUAAGGCUUGAGAAUGUCUUGACAUUGUUUGCAGGAGCCUUGCUAGAGAAACAGAUCAUAUUUGUUUGCUCUAAUUUGGGAAUAUUGUCAGCCUCAGUUCUCUCACUUAUUCCUCUAAUACGUCCCUAUCAGUGGCAGAGCUUAUUAAUGCCGGUUUUGCCUAAUGAUAUGCUCGAUUUUCUUGAUGCACCUGUGCCAUAUAUAGUUGGGGUACAGAGCAAAUCUUCUGAAGUGCUCUCGAAGUUGCCAAAUGCGAUACUGGUGGACAUCAGCAAAAAUCAGGUUAAAUCACAAUCAAUGCCACAAUUGCCACGACAAAGAGAAUUAUUAGCAUCCCUGGCUCCCUACCAUUCUAAGCUUGUUGGAGAAAGCUAUUUGGGGAAAAGGAGACCCAUCUACGAUUGUACAGAUGUACAGGUUGAAGCUGUCAGAGGUUUCAUGGAAGUGUUAAGGAGUUACUUAGAUUCCCUUUGCUCUAAUCUCCGUUCUCACACAAUAACUAAUGUGCAGUCAAACGAUGAUAAGGUAUCACUGCUUCUAAAAGAGAGCUUCAUCGACUCAUUUGCUAGUCGUGAUCGACCUUUUAUGAAGCUGUUUGUCGACACACAAAUGUUCUCUGUACAUACAGAUUUCGUCCUAUCUUUUUAUCAGAAGGAUUAAGGUUCUCGGUAUACCUCUCUCAUACUUAAUUAGUGGUCGUUUGGUUAGGCAUCGGGAAUUAUCAUUUCCCAAAGUGCCGAAAUUUGUUACUUUUUUCAUCUGAGGAAUUAGCUAAGCAACUUCCUCUAUUUGAUGAGAAAGUAUAAAACCCCACUUGAUGUUGUUGUCAACCAAACAACCACUUGAAAAAUAUACACAGAAUGGCGAAUGGGCGAAUGCUUUCAACCCGCCAAAAACGAAGCUUCACUUGCACAUGUAAACACUUUUGUGUAGUAGUUUGUUAUACAAAACAACAAAAUGAAAAUGUAAAUAUCUUGUGAAAUUUUCACCCUGUAAUUUUGUGUGGUGUUCUGUAAUUUUGUGUGGUGUUUAUGAAAAAUCGCUUUCGGAAUGAUAAAGAACGGUUUCACUGAAGUA